ACCCGGAAAUAGAAUCUAGGUAAUUUCCUGAAUCAUGUUGCUGUUUAUUUCAGUUCAAUUUGCCGCAUAGUGAGUUGAGCUAGCUAUCGUUUGUAAUGGAGCAAACUGUUUCAAAUGUGGAGGUCUGUAAUUUAGCCUUCACUGGGGAAUUUGACAAAUUAAAGGCAUGCAUUUUAACGGAUAAAUCGCUCGCUUGCAAAACGGACCAGGACCAAAGGACCGCUCUCCACUGGGCAUGCUCGGCAGGACACAUCAAGAUCGUAGCAUUCCUGCUGGAUCUGGGGGUGGAAGUCAACCUGCAAGAUGAUGCCAGCUGGACUCCCCUCCACAUCGCAGCAUCUGCAGGCAGAGAGGAGAUAGUGAAGUCACUGAUUAACAAAGGAGCCCAGUUGAACUCAGUCAACCAGAACGGCUGCACCCCUCUGCACUACGCUGCCUCCAAGGACAGAUACGAGAUCGCCCUCCUGUUAUUGGAGAGUGGCGCGGACCCUAAUGUCACAGAUAAGCUGGAGUCUACUCCCCUACACAGAGCCUCAACCAAGGGCAACUGCCGUCUGAUCCAGCUGCUGCUUCAACAGAGCGCUUCAACCAACAUACAGGACUCUGAGGGAAACACUGCACUGUAAGCACUGCCACCUGGCGUGUGAUGAGGAGCGUGUGGAAGCAGCGAAACUCCUGGUGGAGAACGGAGCCAGCAUCUACAUAGAGAACAAGGAGGAGAAGACGCCAUUACAGAUCUCUAAAGGAGGUCUGGCCACACUGCUGAGGAGGAUCGUAGAAGGAGGAAACGUCUGCUCCACCUGACCACACACUGAAGCAGCGAGAAGAUCCAGUCGACAGUGGUCUAAAUGGGCUUCCUCUCAUCUCUCCAUCCAUUCCUCUCAUCUCUCCAGCCAUUCUCCUCAUCUCUCCAGCCAUUCUCCUCAUCUCGCCAUCCAUUCUCCUCAUCUCUCCAUCCAUUCUCCUCAUCUCUCCAUCCAUUCUCCUCAUCUCUCCAUCCAUUCUCCUCAUCUCUCCAUCUGCACUGAUUUGAGAAAACAGGAUGAACUUUGCCAUAUUGUUUUGACCAAUCCUCUAUAUUCCAGUCCGGGGGGGUGUUGAUUUUCAACCAUUCCAGUUACAGAUCAGUGUAGAUGAAGGAGACGAGGAGAAGAGAGUUGGGAUAUGAGGAGGGUACUGUGGACUAUUGAGAUACAGACUGUAUGGCAGCAUUUUUGUUGGAGGAAAGAGCAAUUCUGACUGGACUGGAGGUAUCUCAGACUGACCAUGAUAAUAUCCUACAGCUACUUUCCAGAGGACCCUAUGUUGUAUGACAUUUGAAACUGUUCUAGAAAUGCAGCAUAAAGCUUUUUUUUUAAAGAUGCAAUAAGUUGGUGUCUUAACAACUUUGAUUAAAUGAAUCACCUCGUCUACAUACACGACCGGUCAAAAGUUUUAGAACA